UGUCUACUGGUCUCUCAAUGUAGUGCUACAGGUUUUACCACCCGUUCUGAUAUUGGUCCAGCUCGAGAUGCCAACGAUCCAGUGGAUGAUCGUCAUGCUCCGCCAGGGAAGAGAACAGUUGGGGAUCAGAUGAAGAAAAACCAGGCAGCUGAUGAUGAUGAUGAAGAUCUGAAUGACACCAAUUAUGAUGAGUUUAAUGGCUAUGCUGGGAGCUUGUUCUCAAGUGGUCCUUAUGAAAAAGAUGAUGAAGAAGCUGAUGCUAUAUAUGCAGCUUUGGAUAAGAGAAUGGAUGAGCGGAGAAAAGAGAGAAGAGAACAACGGGAGAAAGAGGAGAUUGAAAAGUACCGAAUGGAACGUCCCAAAAUUCAGCAGCAAUUUUCAGAUUUAAAAAGGAAGCUAGCGGAAGUCACAGAGGAAGAGUGGCUGAGUAUUCCAGAAGUUGGUGAUGCCAGGAACAAACGUCAGAGGAAUCCACGUUAUGAAAAACUGACUCCUGUUCCUGAUAGUUUCUUUGCUAAACACUUGCAGACUGGGGAGAAUCAUACAUCUGUGGAUCCCCGACAAACGCAAUUUGGUGGUCUGAACACUCCAUAUCCAGGAGGUUUGAACACUCCUUAUCCAGGAGGAAUGACACCUGGGCUAAUGACACCUGGGACAGGUGAACUAGAUAUGAGGAAGAUUGGGCAAGCCAGGAAUACCUUGAUGGAUAUGAGACUGAGCCAGGUGUCCGAUUCUGUGAGUGGCCAAACUGUGGUGGACCCAAAGGGAUAUCUGACGGACUUGAAUUCUAUGAUACCUACACAUGGAGGAGAUAUCAAUGACAUCAAGAAAGCUCGUUUACUUUUGAAAUCUGUACGGGAGACCAAUCCUCAUCAUCCACCAGCUUGGAUAGCUUCAGCCCGACUGGAAGAGGUCACAGGCAAACUGCAAGUAGCUCGAAACCUCAUCAUGAAGGGAACAGAAAUGUGCCCCAAGAGUGAAGAUGUUUGGUUAGAAGCUGCCCGUCUGCAGCCUGGGGAUACGGCAAAGGCUGUGGUGGCCCAGGCAGUCCGCCACCUCCCACAGUCUGUCCGGAUUUAUAUCAGAGCAGCAGAACUGGAGACUGAUAUACGAGCAAAGAAACGUGUCCUUAGGAAAGCCCUUGAGCAUGUUCCAAAUUCAGUACGCUUGUGGAAGGCAGCAGUGGAGUUAGAAGAACCCGAAGAUGCUAGGAUAAUGCUGAGCCGAGCAGUGGAAUGCUGCCCAACCAGCGUGGAACUGUGGCUUGCUCUGGCAAGGCUGGAGACAUACGAGAAUGCUCGUAAAGUCUUAAAUAAAGCCCGUGAGAACAUCCCAACAGACCGUCACAUUUGGAUAACUGCUGCCAAACUGGAGGAAGCCAAUGGAAACACUCAGAUGGUGGAGAAAAUCAUUGACAGAGCUAUCACGUCUCUCAGAGCAAAUGGAGUAGAAAUCAACAGAGAGCAGUGGAUCCAGGAUGCUGAGGAGUGUGAUAAAGCUGGGAGUGUAGCCACAUGUCAGGCUAUUAUGCGAGCUGUGAUUGGAAUUGGGAUCGAAGAAGAAGAUCGGAAACAUACUUGGAUGGAAGAUGCAGAUAGCUGUGUUGCUCACAAUGCCUUAGAGUGUGCUCGGGCAAUUUAUGCUUAUGCUUUACAAGUUUUCCCAAGCAAAAAAAGUGUGUGGUUGCGAGCAGCCUACUUCGAAAAGAACCAUGGAACCAGGGAGUCGCUGGAAGCUCUCUUGCAGAGAGCUGUGGCUCACUGUCCUAAAGCAGAAGUGUUGUGGCUCAUGGGAGCCAAAUCAAAGUGGCUGGCUGGAGAUGUGCCUGCAGCCAGAAGCAUUUUGGCCCUGGCUUUCCAGGCCAACCCCAACAGUGAAGAGAUCUGGCUGGCUGCAGUGAAGCUGGAGUCUGAAAACAAUGAAUAUGAAAGAGCGAGGAGGUUACUGGCGAAAGCGCGUAGCAGUGCCCCCACAGCCAGAGUCUUUAUGAAAUCGGUGAAAUUGGAAUGGGUGCUCGGGAACAUUGCUGCUGCCCAGGAGCUCUGUGAGGAAGCCCUGAAGCACUAUGAAGACUUCCCCAAGCUGUGGAUGAUGAAAGGGCAGAUAGAGGAGCAAGACGAGCUAAUAGAAAAGGCUCGGGAAGCCUAUAAUCAGGGGCUGAAGAAGUGCCCCCAUUCCACACCUCUCUGGCUCUUGCUGUCCAGGCUGGAGGAAAAAGUCGGGCAGCUGACCAGAGCAAGAGCCAUCUUGGAGAAGUCUCGUUUGAAGAAUCCGAAGAAUCCAGACCUGUGGUUAGAGUCUGUGCGAUUAGAAUACAGAGCCGGACUGAAGAACAUUGCUAACACACUGAUGGCCAAGGCAUUGCAGGAAUGUCCCAACUCGGGAAUCCUAUGGUCAGAAGCAAUUUUCCUUGAGGCAAGACCACAGCGAAAGACCAAAAGUGUGGAUGCCCUGAAGAAGUGUGAGCACGACCCUCAUGUCCUGUUGGCUGUAGCCAAGUUGUUCUGGAGCGAACGUAAAAUAACCAAGGCCCGAGAAUGGUUCCAUCGGACAGUGAAGAUAGAUUCAGACCUGGGGGAUGCCUGGGCUUUCUUUUACAAAUUCGAGCUCCAGCAUGGCACUGAGGAGCAGCAGGAGGAGGUGAAGAAGCGCUGUGAGAAUGCUGAGCCCCGCCACGGAGAGCUGUGGUGCGAGGUGUCCAAGGAUAUCGAGAACUGGCAGAAAAAAAUUGGAGAAAUCCUUGUACUUGUGGCAGCCAAAAUUAAAAAUGCCUUCUAGAGUAUGCUGUGAACAGCUGCAGAGUCAUCCCCAGAGGACACGGUCCCUUUGUUGUACAUAGUUUCAGCACCCUCAGCCUUGCCAGUGACACAACUGCUUGGAGCAAACAAAGGAAGUUGGUGGAACAAACGAAGACCUCUGGUUUUCCAAGAACAAUAUGAUGACUAGAGACAAGCCCUUCCCCUCCUGUGGCAGCCCUUUACACUGCACAUUGCAGUCUUUGCUAUGGCAUAAUCAGAUGCGUUUGUAUCGUAAUAACUUCUGUGAACAUUGCUGGCGGGUGUCGGUGCUGUGAAGUUUUGCAUAGGUGUGGUAGGCAUUGUCAUUUGGAUGUCUGAACCCAUUCUGUACAUUUGAACCUUAAUUCUUACUUGUUCAGUUUCUGAUGAGUUGGAGCUCCUCUGGUUGUUUUUUUUUUUUUCCCCCUGGCAUGAGUUCUCUUCCUGUCAACCAGCCCUUCAGUUUCUUGGUGUUUGGCCCAUUUCAUGAUGGAUCUGUCAACAAAGCAGUCUCCUUGAUAUUUAAGUAUAGUGAGGCUUAAAGUAAAUAGCGCAGUUGUCACCAACACGCUUGGAAUUUUGCGGUGGAAGGGUGUGACCAGCACUUCUUUAACUUUUGAGGUAGAAUCCUGGUCAUAUGUGUGUGGAAAGUCUUUUUAAUUAAGCAUAUUGUGAAAUUCAAUAACCAGAGCCUAUUUUAGUGAUAUUUUCUGUAAGUUUUAAAUAUAUAAUAUAAGCAUAUUCUUUUAAUAGAAUAAUUUCACUGACCACAGCAGUAGUAUUAAAACAGGGUAUAAACAGCUCAAAGCCCUUUAAAGGAAAAGCCCUUAUUCUGAGAGCCAUUAAGAAGCCAUGUGCUUUAACAGCUGAAGCGGAUUUCCAGGAAGGGUGGAUAUGAAAAACGUCUCAAAGCUCGGUUGGAAAAACUAGCUUGUUGCUCAGAUGAUCUGGGAGCACAUGGACCAUCUCUCUUUCUGUAACCCCGUAAGUUGUCUUGGUUCAUGAACAAGGUUUUCCUAACCCGGGAGAAGUGCCCUUCUUUUCUGUAAAGGGAGGACUUUCAUUUUCUUGGUCCUCCUUGGAGUGAAGAGUCCUCUAGCAGAGAGAUUGUCUGUUUUAUUCUUCACCAACUGAAAGAUACAAAUGUCUUCUGCAUCCUUUAAUAGGAUUUGUAUAUUAGGAAUGACUUUUUUUUUUCAAGUCCAUUUAUCAUAAAAUUUUGUUUGAAGAAAGCCAGUCACUUUUCUGGUAAACUGUACAGAUGUAAUGAGAUGCUAUAAAAUACAGCUCUGUCUUACA